UCUGCCAAGCAAAAUCAUCCCAAAGACUAUGCUUCAUGUGACGCUCAUCACAUCUUCAACCGGAGCAGUUUUUCCUCCGAUUUCAUAUUUGGGUCUGCCGGAGCGGCUUACCAGUUUGAAGGUGCUGCAAAGGAAGGGGGUAGAGGACCAUGUGUUUGGGAUACAUUCACUCACAAAUACCCAGGAAGAUGUUGGGAUUCUCAAGGAUAUGGGUUGGGAUUUUUACAGAUUUUCAAUCUCAUGGUCUCGCUUGUUACCUAAUGGAACGCUAAGUGGGGGAGUGAAUAAGGAAGGACUAAAUUAUUACAAAAAUCUCCUCAAUGAGCUUCAAGCCAAUGGUAUAAAGCCCUUCGUGACACUUUUUCAUUGGGAUUUUCCCCAGGCUUUGGAGGAUGAGUACCUUGGCUUCUUAAGCCCUAACAGUGUGAGUGAUUUUCGGGACUUUGCAGACCUCUGCUUUAAAGAGUUUGGUGACAAAAUUAAGCACUGGAUCACGUUAAAUGAGCCUCAAACUUAUAGCGUCCAGGGUUAUACAGUUGGAGCAUUUGCUCCAGGCCGAUGCUCUAACCAUACAAAAUGCAAAGAGGGUGGGAAUUCCGCAACGGAGCCAUAUUUGUCGGCACAUCACCAACUUCUAGCUCAUGCAGCUGCUGUAAAUGUGUAUAGAGACAAGUAUCAAGCUACACAAAAGGGCGUGAUCGGAAUAACACUUAACUCAGGUUGGUCUGUUCCAUUUUCUAAUUCAACGGAAGAUAAAGAUGCUGCAGUUAGAGCACUUGAUUUUUCGUAUGGAUGGUUUAUGGAUCCGGUGACAAGCGGUCGGUAUCCAAAGAGUAUGCAACGCCUAAUUGGAAAUCGAUUGCCCAACUUCACCAAAGAGCAAUCCAAAAUGCUAAAAGGUUCAUAUGACUUUGUUGGGUUGAAUUACUACUCAUCGUCUUAUGCAAAAGAUGUUACUGCCAAUAAGUCUGUAAAGCAGCCAAGCCAGUCAACCGACUCCAACGUCGAAUCAUUAAACAACCGCAAUGGAGUCCCCAUUGGUCCAAUGGCUGCUUCGGAUUGGCUUUAUAUUUAUCCACAAGGACUUCAAGAACUGUUAACUUACACAAAGAUAAAGUAUAAAAAUCCAAUUAUUUACAUCACAGAAAAUGGAGUUGACGAGGCAAAUGAUCCCAAAUUAUCACUUGAGGAAUCUCUCAUUGACAAAGAAAGAAUUAAAUAUUACGAUUCGCAUCUUUAUUACGUUCAAGAAGCCAUUAAGAAUGGCGCUAAUGUGAAAGGGUUCUUUGCGUGGUCAUUGCUUGACAACUUUGAAUGGGUUAACGGUUACACUGUGAGAUUUGGUAUCAUCUAUGUGGAUUACAAAAACGGACUCAAAAGACAUUACAAACUCUCAGCUCAUUGGUGGAAGAAUCUUCUUAAAGGUAAUUCCCACUCGGCUUCCAAACAUAAUUCUUCAAAGGGCAGCAAAACCUAAAUCCUCAAAUGGCGGCAUUCUUUAAUUGUUACGUGGAUAAUGAGUUUCAUGUAUGUUGUCGCUCCUAU